AAAGCGCCGGCCCCCCCAGGCCCAGGAGAGCUCCUCUUGCGCCCCAGCGUCCUCGGCUCUCUGAUCCCCCUGGUCCCCAGGCCCGAUGGCACAGCCGGCUCUCCGGCCCGUCCUGCUCCUGGCCGCCCUCCUUGCCUUGGGGGAGGGGAUACCGGAACCAGAGAACAUGCUGCCUGGCUGCCCCGACAUCGUGCCCAGAUCCGAGUGGAGGGCCCUGCCCUCGCGGUGCCUGCAGCCCCUGAGCCUGCCCCUGGAGUAUGUGGUGGUCUCCCACACAGCAGGCCAGCCCUGCUUCUCCCCCCAGGAGUGCGAGCAGCAGAUGAGGAACAUCCAGAACUACCACAUGCAGACCCUGGGCUGGUGUGACAUCGCCUACAACUUCCUGAUUGGGGAAGACGGGCAAAUCUAUGAGGGCCGAGGGUGGUCCAUCAAGGGAGACCACUCGGGCCCCACCUGGAACCCCAUCUCACUAGGGAUCAGCUUCAUGGGCAAUUUCAUGAAUCGAGAGCCCGCCCCCCGUGCCCUGCGGGCCGCUCAGAACCUCCUCCGCUGCGGCCAGAUGCACAGCGUCUUCCUGCCCCAGUAUAUGAUCAAAGGGCACCGGGACGUGCAGCGCACGGCCUCCCCUGGGGACAAGCUCUACAGCAAGCUGCAGGACUGGCCCCAUUACCAAGAGUGAGGGGCCACGGCUCCAGUCUGCCCCCCCCACACCCCAGAAUAAAGCUACUGAGGCUCUGGCA